AUGAAUCUCUUCGUGCUUGUAGACUCGUAUUCCAAGUGGAUUGAAGUCAGAUGUCUCAGCACCGCUACUGCUGCAAGGACAAUCGACACUCUGAGGGCUAUCUUCGCCGCGUACGGAUAUCCUGAAGAGUUAGUUAGUGACAAUGGGCCUCAAUUCAUUGGAAGUUUGGAAGUUUGGAUUGCUCAAGAGUUCGCAGAUUUCACACGCGGCCUCGGAAUCCGGCAUACGCGCACGCCGCCUUACCACGCAGCGUCGAAUGGCGCAGCCGAACGCCUGGUUCAAACGACCAAGACAAUAUUGCUCAAGCAAGUCUUGCAUCACAACAUGACAGGUCAAGGCAGGACCCUCCACCAACGUCUUGACGAUUUUCUGCUGGCCUACAGGAAUACACCUAAUUCGGUAACUGGACGUACACCUGCGGAACUAUUCCUGAAGAGGCAGCCACGAGUGAAACUUUCACUUUUAAAACCAGACUUCGUUAAAGACAUGAGGACAAAACAGGAACAAAACGCUGCUAGGCGCAAUGAGCAUCGUGGAAGAGCCACGCAGUUCACCGUGGGAGAAAUAGUCUACGUGAAGACGACAAGAGGUGAACCUUUGGCGUGGGAGGAGGCCACAGAAGUUCAGCAAGUGAGCGAGGCAACGUUUUUAGUCAAGGUGAACAACCAGCUGCGCUAUGUACACAGUGACCACUUGAAACCACGCUGGGCACGUGCGUCGCCAACGUCGUUUCGGCACGAUAGGGGAACGUCAGCAAUGGACGAAGCUCCUAGCGGGUCACAGAACCUGCCAACGACUCCCUUGUAUGGUGACAGGACGUCGAGUGCUACAAGCUCGGACACGCAAGCGCCCGUGGAAGGCGAUGCAGCAACUCCACUGGCACCAACAGAGACUCGUCAAGAGCCAGCGGUACAGCCGGGUGCCAACGUAACGGCGGACGUCGAUGUGACAAAUCCGCAUUCGGAACCGUUACGUCGCAGCAGUCGUCGUAGGCAACCUCCGGAACGCUUCCAAGCGGGAAUGCCUUGA